AUGGAUGAGCUACGGUCAAGUAUGGAAAGACAUAAUGCUACCAAGGACUAUCUCCAGGAUCUGCCCUCCAAGCAGGUCAAUGAAUAUGAUGAGCUAUCAGUAGCGUCUGCCAAUGUAACUUUCACCCGUGUGACGGAAUUCGUCAUUUUCGGAUUCCCGUUCCUUCAGAAUUACCAGAUUUUGCUUUUUUGUGUAUUACUUUGUAUCUACCUCUUCACCGUGUCUGGCAAUGGCAUUAUCUUCUUCUUGGUCAUCUUUGACCAGCAUCUCCAUACCCCAAUGUACUUCUUUGUCAGCAACUUGUCCUUUAUAGACAUGAGUUACACCUCGGUAACCAUCCCGAAGAUGUUGGCCAAGUUCCUGAUGAACCUGGACACCAUUUCCUACAAUGCCUGCUUUGCCCAGAUGUAUAUUUUCCUGACUUUAGGAGCAACAGAGUGUUUACUCCUAGCCGUAAUGGCCUAUGAUCGCUACAUAGCAAUAUGCUCGCCCUUACACUACCACACCAUCAUGACAAGAAAAGUUUACAUAAUACUUUCAAUUGUAGCCUGGUCUGGAGGCUUUGCCACUCCACUCCCAGCCACCCUUCUAUCCUUAAAGUUACCUUUUUGUGGUCCCAAUAUCAUCCACCAUUACUACUGUGAUCAUCCUCCAUUGCUCCAGCUGGCUUGUGCCAAUACAUCCUUCAAUGUAGCUGUGGGGUCUUCUGUUGGCGCCUUAAUCAUUUUGUCAAGCUUUUCUCUAAUUGUCAUAUCUUACAUUAAGAUUAUAAUAGCGAUCCUCAAAAUCAGUUCCCAUGGUGGCCGUAAGAAAACAUUUUCUACCUGCGCCUCCCACUUUGCAGUUGUCAAUAUAUUUUUCUUGCCCAUUAUGUUCAUGUACAUUCGUCCAACAGCCUCCUACUCAUCCGACGUGGACUCUUUGGUGGCCAUGUUAUACACAGUAUUAACCCCCAUGAUGAAUCCCAUUAUAUACAGCCUGAGGAACAAGGACAUCAAAAUGGCUUUCCAGAAGAAAAUAGGCUUCAUCUGUACGACAAGUAACCUGAACACAAAAUGA